AUGAAUGGUUAUCGAGAACGUCUUGGUCUCAGUCGACGAUUCGAACCAUCGAACACAUCGAUGGGUAGGUUCUUUUCGAAUCGUCUUCGAGAUUCAUUACACGUUGGUGGUGCUCUAACAACAACUGUACGAGGAAACUUCGACCAAACUCUACCAGAUAAGGAAGCAACACCUGAGCCACCGAUGAGUAUAUACGAUGUCAAUCGUUCGAUUAUCGCACCGAUUCCGGCAACAAACGAGUCGUACUUUACUCAAACGACGCCUGAUAUACAGAAGUUUUCUUGUCGAGUUGAACUAUCAUCAGGCUACAACAUUCUCAAGAAUCGAACUAGUUCACAACCAACACGUUUACCGCCAGAAUUGCAAGGACGUACUCCUCUUGCUCAAUUGAAUCCGUUACCAACGACGACAACAACAACAUUGACACCAAAUAAUCCUGGUGAUUACCGUCAACGACGUCUUUCUUUCACUGAUCAUCAUCGUACACAACAAUUAGCUUAUCAUCAACAUAUCUCACAACAGUUCAACACUGAUGGUACUCGACGUCCGUUUUCAUCCGACAGUCCAAUACCACCAGCACAACCAUCAACGGGUUUAACCUCGCAUUACAUAUCAUCUGCACCGCCUUUACACAAUCGUACAACAUACGAACCAAUUGAGCCGUUAAAACUCGUAACGGAACAAGAGGAUAAUUCAAUGGCUGCAUUAUCACGCGAAUUACGUGCUGCUGCUUAUCCGACCACACAUAAAUCAUCGAAUCAUUCGCCAACACGCGAAACAUCGCCAACAACAACACGCUACACCAGUCGAUUGAGUUCGAAACGAGCACCACCGCGCGCAUUACCAAAGAUUCAAACCAAUGAUCAACAAUCAUCUCUUUCGACUGCCAAAGUUGUACAUCAUUUUCAUCAUUCACAUCACCAUGAAUCAAAAAAACAUUCGGCAAACAAUGAAGAUCGUUCACAGAAUUCCUCGUCGACAACAAUUUUACUCGAUCAAUUUUUCCAUGUAGAACAAACAUCACCAAACAAAGAAUCAAUGGUACAAACACAUGAAACCGUUCCUGUUAACAGCGAAAAACUAAUUCGUGAGCAAUCAUCCAUUGUACUACUCAAAACUCCUCCGCCAUUACCGGAAGAUGCGACAAUAUCAUUUGUUUCGAAGUUCGCUCGUCUAGCACCCAUCAUUACUAAUCAUCCAACAAAUGGGACUACGACAGCCGUAUCUGCUGAUGAAAAUAACAAUAGUGUCAAUCGUCCGAUUCAUUUCGAUAUCAAUCUACAUGAACAAACAUUCGAUACACUCCACGACAUAUCUGGAUUCCACACAGCGAGUGCAACAAUUACAGAUGAUUUACUUCCGAUACUCGAUAUGACUCAAGAUGAUGAUGCAAUCGAACAAGCAGAUGAAAGUUACUCAUAUGUGCCAUUAAAAGAGCAACGAACAGCAGUAGAUGACGUUCCAUUGCUCGAAUUGGAUGAAUUGGAAACGAACAGUGAUAUUAGUGAAUCGCAAUUAGUUCCGAUUAUUUAUGCGAAAGAAUUGGCAAAUGAAAUCGAGUUGUUACAAAGAGCACAUUCGUUGAAACAACAACAACGAUCCAUGUCCACAAACCAUGAGAAUGAUCGACUGAACGAUAACAAUUCUGUUCCACCACCAGCGAACAUGGAAUUAUUAAAUUUCGAAGCAUUAGACGAAGAAUUCUCGACUGUACAUCACUGUGAUGAAGAUUUACCUUUAUCUUCAGCAAGAAUUGCUUCAGCAACUAUGGAUAUUUCGUCAUCACCAAAACCCACACCGAAUGAAAUCGCAACUCCGAGUAUGACUGUCAUUCAGCAUAGUAUUCUUGUACAUAAUCGUCUUUCACCUUGGUUUAAAUUACCAACUGAACUGUGGUUCAAAAUUCUACCAUUCUUAACGACAACUGAGCUACAUAACUUUUCCUAUGUUUGCAAACGAUUUUAUUUACUUGCGCAAGAUCAAGCGUGUCAACAUCGGAUUGUGUUCAAUCAUCGAAAGCCACUCGAGCAACUUUGGUUUGAUACUAUUGCUCGACGCAAACCUCGUGCGUUGACAUUCAUUGAACACCGGCAACAGAGCGCGGACAGUAGUCAACAACCAAUCGAACACGAUACAAAUCAGAUCAAAUGGAAUGAAUUUUUUCACGCCAUUGGUUCGAAUCUUCUUGAAUUCACUAUGUCUGGAUUUUAUCAUGAACCUCUCACGCCUAACACACUUCUUCCAUUCAUCGUUCAAACUUGUUCAAAUCUUGUUUCGUUGAAUCUUCGUUGGAGUCGCAUGACUGCAUCCACAUUGAAUCAUCUCGUUGAUUAUCCGCAAUUUAUUCAUUUGCAAACACUGGAUCUUACCGGUUGUCAAACAUUGGAUGACACAUUAUUAAUCAACAUGUUUAUUCGUUCAGAAACACAAUUUCAGUUGAAAAAACUCAUUCUUGAGGGAUGUAUGAAUAUCAGUUGGAUCGGCCUUGACACCGUCGCCAUCUGCAUUCCCGAUUUACUUCGACUAAAUAUCAGUCGAUGUAUCGGUUUGAAAAAUCUGUCAUCCAAUUCGACUUCGACCUGUUUUCAUCAUUGGCCCAAACUUCAGUCGAUUGAUGUUGGUCAUCUCGUAACACUCACCGAUCAAGAUCUUGCAGUUAUAUUUGACCAUUGUAAAUAUUUGAAUGCUUUAGUAUUCGAUGGUUGUCUUAGCAUAACUGAUCAAAUAUUUCAUCAUUUAACAUCGAAUUUUCGAGUGCUUAGUUUAAAUGGUUGCACAAACAUAAGUACGAAUGUCUUAUUGAAUCUUAACGAACAAUGUCCACAAAUUGAAGUUCUUCAUUUGAAUUCCAUACUGAACUUCAACGAUUCCUGUUUGUUGAAAUGGUCCGAGCAACCGUUGAUGAAACUACGACACUUAACGAUCGAUAAUUGCAAACAAUGCUCAUUAAAUAGUAUCGACAAGUUUCUUAGUAAACAUGUCAAUCUAAGAGAAUUAUCAUUAACGGGUGAUAUGGUAACAAAUUUAAUCGAACGAAAGAUUUUAGAAGAGAAAUUUUCCCAUAUUCAAUUUGUCUUUCAAUCGUGA